AUGGAGCCGAGGCUAGUGAAGCCGCCCGGGCAGGAUUUGGUAGUGGAACGUCUCAAAAGCCGCUACGGACUAGGGGGUAGCCGCUUCGCCGAGUAUGAUUUUUCAAAUUUUGAUCAGGCUAAAUGGAAGAGAAGAUUGCUAACCUCCCCAGAUGAUUUGGGUAUCUUCUCAUCUGGAGAUAAAGUGGGUUCAUCAUUAAGAUGUUAUUCUGAUGAAAGAAAGCAUUGCACAACGCCGCUUUGUAGUUCAUUCAAACACUUAAAUGUGAAUUGCCUAGAUGAUGAACUGGAUUCUUUUCAAGAUUUGAAGCAACGAGAAAAAAAAGAAGAGUUAAUUGAGAAUGAUCAUAGAAUUAGUACCUCCAAAAUAACCAAACAGUCUUUUAAAGACAUAGGAAAAGUUGCCCAGCCAACUAAUGUGACAUCAAAUUCAAGAAAUUGGACUGAAUGUUGUAGUAAUGUAAGUGACUCCCCUCUGAGACGUGUCAGCUGUUCGACAUCUAAAGCACCAAAGAAGCAGAGAAUACUUCCACAUCAGAUUAAUCAGAUCUAUGAGGAAUUGUUUCAAAUACAUCAGAAACUGCAGUGUGAAACUGCAGCACAACAGGAGUUUGCUGAAGAACUUCAAAAGCGGGAAUGUUUUUUAGUUGAAAGAGAACAACUACUUUUCAGACAUGAAACUGCUUUGAGUAAAAUUAAAGGUGUUGAAGAAGAGGUUCUUACAAGAUUUCAGAUUAUAAAGGAGUUAAAUGAAGUAAGUGAAGAAAAUAAGAAGAUGGAGAUUCAGGCUAAGAGAGUUCAAGCUCGUUUAGAUAAUUUACAGAGGAAGUAUGAGUUUAUGACAAUACAGAGAUUGAAAGGAAAUUCGCAUGCUGCUAAUGAAAUGAAAAGUUUAAAACAAGAUAAAGUACCAGUCUCAAAAACUCACAAGGUACCACUUAAUGCACAAGUGUAUGAACUUUUAACUGUCUUCAUGGACUGGAUUUCAGAUCAUCACCUUAGUAAAAUAAAAAGUGAAGAAUCUGGAAUGGAUGGUGGAAAGCCGCUACUCAAAUUUGCUUCUCAGAGAAAUGAUAUUCAGGAGAAGUGUAUAAAGAAUCCUUGCAGCCUUUCCUGGAAGCCUGUAGCAACACUUUAUUUUUUCGUACUUGCUCUGUGCUGCUUCGAACCCCUAAGCUUGAUCUUCAAAUACUAG